GGACAGAUAGAACUCAUCUGACUCACAGCAACAACCGCAGGACAUCUCUGGGAAAGUGCUUUUACUGGUGGAUCUUCUGCCGCUUGGAAUUGGUCCUCUCCUCCCAGGAACCGCAGACAAAGACAAAGAAGGUGGGGCCAGGUUGGACUUAAGGGUGAUGAAUUCAGUGAAAACAAACUGCUCUUGAUCCAACAGCCACAACAACAGCGACGACAACGAAACACAUGCAGAUGGUAUCAUUCCCCUGCACGCCCAUGAGGCUUCUGAAUACGGCGCUACUUUUGCUGGUACUUACAGUGGCGGCACAGGAUGAAUCCCGGAUCAUUGGGGGUCAAGAGUGCCCAAAACAUGGUCAACCUUACCAGGUCAUCCUCUCCAACAGCAGAAAAAAUGGUCCCGACGUUCAAUGCGGAGGUGUUCUGAUAGACAAAGACUGGGUGCUGACAGCCGCCCACUGUGACAACCAAGGAACGAUCCACACACGGAUGGGAGAUCACAGCCUCCGGGCCAAUGAGGGUUCCGAGCAGUGCAUCAAAUCUGCGCAAAAAUUCAUCCAUCCAGCCUACAACCCCUCCACACAUGACAGUGACAUCAUGCUAAUCCGGCUGGACAACUCUGCCAACAUCAAUGAAUAUGUCCGGCCAAUUGAACUGGCUACACAAUGCACAAAGCCCAACACUCGCUGCGAGGUCUCGGGAUGGGGAACCAUCAAGACCCCCCAAUCCGAGUUCCCGGACCUCCUGCAGUGUGCCACCGUCUACACAAUAUCAAAUGAAGAGUGCAAUAAGGCAUACCCGAAUGCCAUCACAGAAAACAUGCUGUGUGCUACUGUGAGCGGAGGUGGCGUGGAUUCCUGCCAGGGAGACUCUGGAGGGCCUCUGGUGUGCAAUAAUAAACUCCAAGGCAUUGUCUCUUGGGGGAUGCAAGUCUGUGCCCAAGCUGGGAAACCCGGGGUCUAUACAAAUAUCUGCCAAUUCACCGAUUGGAUUCAGAAUACCAUGCGUGGAAACACAGGCUACAGGGCUGCAGACACCUGCUAAUGUGAGUGUCAAUGCACAGCAGCCUUAAUGUCUGAAUAAAUUAUGCAAAGCUGA